AUGCGUGAGGGGAAUCCAAAUGAACGAACUGCACUCACCACUAGUGGUGGUGCAGAUUCAUUCGAAAUUUCCGCAAAAGAUUUGCAAAAAUUAAUGGACUGUCGUAAACUUGAAGCAGUUAAACAUAUCAACGAGAAAUAUGGUGGAGUUGUAGGAUUAUGUCGUUUGCUUAAAACAUCUCCACAAGACGGUUUACACGAAGAGGAUUUCUCUAAACGAAUUAAUGCAUUCGGUGCUAAUGUUAUUCCACAACAACGUGCUAAAACAUUUCUACGCUUAAUGUGGGAGGCUUUACAAGAUUUAACUUUAAUUGUAUUGAUUGUUGCUGCUUUCAUUUCACUUGCCCUAUCACUAUAUAUCAAGUAUGGUCAAGCGCCUACAUUCGAUGAAUCUGAGGGACAAGCUGGUUGGAUCGAAGGCCUGGCUAUAUUGAUUGCUGUUUUUGUUGUUGUCUUUGUCGUGGCAUUAAAUGAUUGGCAAAAAGAACGACAAUUUCGUGGACUACAAAAUAAAAUUGAAUCAGAGCAUACAUUUUUUCGUAAAGAGAUUGUUGUCGGUGAUGUAUGUCAAGUGAAAUAUGGUGAUCUAUUACCAGCUGAUGGUAUCGUUAUCCAGUGUAAUGAUUUGAAAAUUGAUGAAAGUUCACUGACUGGUGAAUCUGAUCAAGUGAAGAAGAGUGAAAAUAAAGAUCCCGUCCUCCUAUCAGGCACUCAUGUUAUGGAAGGUUCAGGCAAAAUGGUUGUUACUGCUGUUGGGCCAAACUCUCAAGCUGGUAUAAUAUUCGCCUUAUUGUCAUCUGGAACUGGGCAGGAUGAACAAACAGGUGGAGGUAGUGGAAAGGAGAAUAAAAGCAAUAAGAAAAAGAAAACUAAGAAGAAUGCAAAUGGAGAUAAGAAUGCCCCAAAUUCAGAUGCUUAUCAAUUGAAAUCGAAAGCUAAUCAAAAUGAGAUAGAUGCAGAUGGUAAUAAAACGAAACCGAAGAAAAAGCCACGUCGUAAAGAACAAUCUGUACUGCAGGCAAAAUUAACUAAAUUGGCUAUACAAAUUGGAUAUGUUGGCACAUGUGUUGCAAUUGCUACUGUCUUAAUAUUGGUUAUCAAAUUCUGUGUGCAUACAUUUGCACAGAAUAAAGAACCUUGGCAAACUGGAAAACAUUUAAAACAAAUAGUUAAUUAUAUUAUCACUGGUGUCACAGUCCUUGUUGUCGCUGUCCCUGAAGGCUUACCAUUGGCUGUCACGCUAUCAUUAGCCUAUUCAGUGAAACGUAUGAUGAAAGAUAAUAAUUUAGUUCGACAUUUAGAUGCUUGUGAAACUAUGGGUAAUGCAACAGCCAUAUGCUCUGAUAAGACUGGUACAUUGACAACAAAUCGUAUGACAGCGGUUCAAUGUUUCAUUGGCAAUAAACAUUGUAAGCGGAUACCAACAGCCUCAGAACUACCCGAAGGUGUUAUCAAUACAAUUGUUAUGAAUAUCUCAGUGAACAGUGGGUAUACAUCGAAAAUAUUACCUCCAGAUAAUCCAGGUGGUUUACCAAAACAAGUUGGCAAUAAAACAGAAUGUGCUCUAUUAGGCUUUGUCAAAUCGAUCGGACGUAGUUAUGAAGAAAUUCGUGCACAAUGGACUGAAGAACGCUUAUACAAAGUGUACACAUUCAAUUCCUUACGGAAAUCAAUGAGUACAGUUAUCAAAGAAUCAGAUAAUCCAAUGUCUUUUAUACUCUUUAAUAAAGGUGCAUCAGAAAUGGUUGUUAAAUGCUGUUCAUGGAUGAUGGAUGAACAAGGUCGGCCAAGACCAUUCACUGUGCAAGAUCAAGAGCGUUUAACCGAGUCAGUUAUUGAGCCGAUGGCUGGUGAAGGUCUUCGAACAAUCGGAGUUGCAUAUAAGAAAAUUACAGUUGCGACAAAUUCAAAGGGUCCAAAUGAUUCAAUAGUACAAAGUGAACCGAAUUGGGAUGAUGAAGACCAUAUGUUAGAAGGUCUUACUUUGUUAGGCAUAAUUGGUAUUGAAGAUCCAGUUAGACCGGAAGUGCCAGCUGCUAUACGUCAAUGCCAGAAGGCUGGUAUCACUGUACGCAUGGUAACUGGUGAUAAUGUGAAUACAGCUCGUUCAAUAGCUAUGAAAUGCGGAAUACUUCAACCUGGUGAAAAUUUUCUCGUCUUAGAAGGCAAAGAAUUUAAUCGACGUAUUCGAGAUAAGGUAACUGGAAAGGUUAGACAAGAUUUAUUCGAUCAAGUAUGGAUUAAUUUAAGAGUACUGGCUAGAUCUUCACCUCAAGAUAAAUACACAUUAGUCGGUGGGAUAAUUAACAGUAGAGCUGCACCAUCACGUCAAGUGGUUGCUGUCACCGGUGAUGGUACAAAUGAUGGUCCAGCGUUGAAACGUGCUGAUGUCGGUUUCGCUAUGGGUAUAGCCGGGACAGAUGUUGCCAAAGAAGCCUCAGAUAUUAUCUUGACAGAUGAUAAUUUCUCAAGUAUUGUUAAAGCUGUUAUGUGGGGUCGUAAUGUGUACGAUUCAAUCACGAAAUUUUUACAAUUCCAGUUAACCGUUAAUUGUGUAGCUAUAAUUGUUGCAUUUGCUGGAGCAUGCUUUCUAGAUGAUAGUCCAUUGAAAGCUAUACAAAUGUUAUGGGUUAAUUUAAUUAUGGAUACACUGGCCAGUUUAGCAUUGGCUACAGAACAACCGUCAUUAGAGUUGUUAGAUCGUGCACCAUAUGGACGUACUCAACCGUUGAUUAGUAGACAAAUGGCUAAAAAUAUCCUUGGUCAUUCUUUAUAUCAGUUGGCGGUUAUCUUUUUCUUAUUAUUUUAUGCUGAUUUAAUCAUGGAAGUGGAUAAUGUUGCUCAUAUUACUGUCCAUGAACCAACACAACACUAUACUUUGAUAUUCAAUACCUUAGUGUUAAUGACACUCUUCAAUGAAUUCAAUGCUAGAAAGAUACAUGGACAACGUAAUGUCUUUAGUGGUUUACACAGAAAUCCAUUAUUUAUUAUUAUAUGGUUUGUUACCUUCUUGUUACAAGCCUUGAUUAUUCAAUUCGGUUCAUAUGCAUUCAGUACAAAAUCACUUGAAUUAGAUCAAUGGGCAUGGUGUUUAUUCUUUGGUGUUGGUGAACUUGUUUGGGGUCAGAUUGUCAAUACUGUACCGAAUGCAAUUAUACCAAAGUGUUCAUGUCGUAAACGUAAACGUGCUGGUGUUGUUGGCGCUAAUGAGAAUGCAGCUGAUGAGUACAUUAAAGAUGAAGUUGGUGAAGCUGAUGAAGAAGAGGAUGAAAUAUCCCCAUUAUCAUUGAGUGGUGAUAAUAUGCCACUUGGAGGUCGUAUCCUAUGGAUUCGUGGUGUUAAUCGUAUUCAAACACAGAUGCAAGCUCAUACACGUAUGAAAGUGGUUGAUGCAUUCCGUAUGGGACUUGGCCCGCGUAUCGAUUUGGAGCAUCGUCGAAGUGCUGGUUCCCUAGCGUUUAGACAGCGUCAAAACUCAAAUAUUGAAUAUGUGGAUGCUGAUGCACCGGAGGAUUCUUAA